GUUGGCAGAUGAGGGCGGGUCAGACCCAGUUGGGACAGAGAGGCUCAGCCCCGAGAGGAUCACAGCAUUUCCGCCCCUGUGAGAGCUGAAGACUCACUUGGGUAAACAGAGGUGUGUGGAGUAAGGAAACUUUCCCAGCGUUUCACCCUGCGAGGCUGAGCUACAGGAAUCCACAAGUGUUGAACAUAUUGAUAUCUUUGAAUGAGAGGUUUUAUUGGGCUGUGGAAGUUCAUCCUCUGAAAAUGUUUGCAACAGCAACCAACAGUUUUGUGAAACAGAUCGACAAGGGUGGUGACCUCAUUCCUGUUAGAAGUUUGAAUGACUCGGAUAAACUCCAGCUCCUGAGCCUGGCAACAAAGAGGAAGAUGAGAUGGUUCUGGCAAAAGCCAAAAUACCACUCUUCUUCCUUCAACCUUGAAGACAUAUUGACUGGUGAUGUGCACAUCAAACCGGCUGUUAAAGAAUCUAACUUCUUAAAGUAUGAGGGAAUUUUUGAAAACAGUGUUGGUGGAGCCAUGAACACUUUGAUUGCUGAUAUCAGCUUCCAUAUCGAAGGUCAGAACUCCAUAGCACUGGAAUCUUCCUUUGGAAAACUGAGGAAACAAGAAGUCGAUUUGCACCAAGUUUUGAAAAUAUCUCAAGAAAGGACUAUAAAUAUGAGGCACAGUCUUGUGCAGCAAACACGUGAAAGAGGAGAUGAAGUCUUGUGUGUGGUUAAUGAAAAGAUUAUCACAACCCAACAGUGCUUUAUAUCGGAGCACCUGCAGAUUGCGGAAAAGUGUGGUGGCAUGUUCGGACUCAAAAUCAAAAUGUUGAAGGUGUCAGCAAAUAACGAUGGGAGUUUAUCAAAGGAAAUUGUUUUGGAGAUCCCACCUCAAACUGUUAUAGCAUACAGUGUCAAAGAACAUCUAAAAACUAAUGGACAGUUUGAAUUGUGCCUGCUUUCAGACAAGUGUGGAGGCUUUGAUAAAGCUGAAUGGGAUAAGGGGAAAGAAGCUUAUGUUUCCACAGCAUGUUCUGCUUUAGACUGUGUUGAUGCUUCAACACAGAAGCAUGGAAGCCGGCACCAUACAGAUGAGAAGAAUGUUUGCAGUGAAACAUCACUGAGUGCUUUAAAACAAGAUAUCGAAGAAGCUAAGCAACAACUCCAGCCAUUUGAAGCUCUUUCAGAAGGAAAAUGCCAGCAGUUGUUUAGACUGUACAGUGAACUCUUAUAUCAGGGUGAAGCGAUUUGCCUUCUUGAAACUAUUCUAAAUGAGCUUUCUUUGGGUGAGCAGCCAAAUCUGUCGGGAUUACAUGAGCUGGAACCAACUCAGGUGCAAAAUGUCAAGGAGCUGCUGCAGUUUCUGGGUUACAGCACAGACAAAGAGCACCUGAAAAAAACCAAAGAGAUUGCAACACAGGAGCUAUUUACAACUGUGUUCUAUUUUAUCAGUGCUUUAGAUGAUAUGUCUGACGCGUGUCGUACAGUCUUGGGUAUUUGCUGUGAAAUGCAAGUCAUUCCUACACUAUGGCAUUUGAUAAAUAACCUCUCUGAUGAUGGAACACUUCCCAUCGACAGCCCAGGUUUGUUCAUGUUGAAAGAAGAGAACAAAUUCUACACAGCCCAGCGACUGUUUGGUUUAUCACACAUGCAGCUCGAGAGGGAAAAGUCUUCUAUCAAAGUGAUGACUAGGAAACAGCCUGGAGUUCUUCCAUUAAUUCUCUGCAUAGCUCUGCAUGGGUUUGCAGGCCUAAUGGGAUUAAAUCAAUAGUGCAAUUCUGUCUCUCUCAAAUCUAUAAUGUACACAAUAUCAGUCUUAAAUGGAGUGUUUUUUAAAAAAAAUUCAAAAUGGUUGUGUUCAUCAGUAUUUCAGUAGAAUAAAGAUACUUGGGAGACAAUUCACAUCCCGCAAAUGACUGACUCCCAAAUAAUAGCCGUGCAGUAUUCAUGAAUUAAUUCCAAUUUAGCAUCAUAAGUAACAUAUAAACUGUUCCAAGUAUCUUCAUAAUGUUGUAUGUUUGUCCGUUAAAUUACAGGGAAAAAAACAUGUGAUUUUUAUCCAGAAUGUUAUUAGCGAUCGAUUAGUUGUAAUAUGGAAUUGUGCCGAUUGAGAAUUGGAACUAGUUAUUAGAUGGAGGCACUGUAAAUGCAAUUGAAUUAGUAUGUGAAAUGGAUUUGGAAUGUUAUAAUGUUCUCUUAAAAUGAAUUAGCUAAAAUGUUUUAACUAAAAUAUGAUAACAUAAAAC